AUGGAGAAAGCGUUCACUUCUUUUCUCUUAACAUCUUUGUUGCUUCACUAUGUUAUGGCUCGUUCAGCGAUGACCAAAACCAGCAUUACUACUGAUCAAUUGGCUCUUUUUUCUCUGAAAUCCCAAAUCGCUUCAGACCCCUUUCAUUUCUUGGAUGAAAGUUGGUCUUUCGCUAUGUCCAUUUGCCAUUGGGUUGGAGUCACUUGUGGCUCUCGUCAUCAACAUGUGAAUUCCUUGAAUCUUUCUAACAUGGAUCUUACUGGCAAGAUUCCCCAUGAUCUUGGAAACCUCACAUUUCUUGUUUUUCUCGACUUGGGAAGCAACAUUUUCCAUGGAAAUUUGCCUCAAGAAAUGGCACACUUGCGUCGGCUUAAGUUUCUUGAUUUAAGUUUUAACAGCUUCAGAGGGGAGGUUCCUUCUUGGUUUGGGUUUUUACACCAAUUUCAAGUUCUAAAACUUGGAAAUAAUAGUUUCACUGGUUCCAUCCCUUUUUCAUUUUCUAAUAUUUCCGAACUUGAGACUUUGAAUCUGAAAUUCAAUUCCAUAGAGGGUCAAAUCCCAAAAGUGAUUGGAAAUCUUCUGAACCUUAAGAGUAUUAAACUUGGGAGGAUUGAAAUCAUUGCAUUUACAGGCAAUAGCUUAUCAGGAAGUCUUCCCAAAGGUUUAUGCAAUGGUCUCCCAAUACUCAAAUGGCUUUAUUUAUCUAGAAACAAGCUUCAUGGUCAUAUUCCUACAAGCAUAUCAAAUUGUUCACAACUUCAAGUAUUGUCUUUAUGGGAAAAUGAUUUAACAGUCUCCGUAGGGAACUUUUCUACGUCUCUAGUAAAAUUUUACGCCAUCAGUAGCAAAAUCAGAGGGCGAAUUCCCGAUGAAGUUGGGAACUUAAGCAGCUUAUUAGACCUUGAUCUUUCUGAAAAUAACCUGGUCGGAUCGAUUCCCACAUCAAUUGGCAACUUGGAAGACCUUCAGCGCUUAAGAUUUACUGACAACAAUCUUACAGGAUUAAUUGGUGAUCAUAUAUGUAAAUUGCAGCAUUUGGGUGCUAUUUACUUGGGUCAAAAUCAACUUUCAGGAUCUCUUCCUAAUUGUUUAGGGAAUAUUACUUCCCUUAGGGAGAUACAUCUGGGUUCCAACAAAUUGAGUUCUAAUAUACCACCAAGCUUAGGGAACCUUCACGAUUUAGUGGUUCUUGACUUAUCGUCAAACAGCAUGAUAGGUACUUUACCUCCAGAAAUUGGAAAUAUAAAGGCUGCGACGCUGAUAGAUCUAUCGAUGAAUCAAUUUUCAAACAGAAUUCCAAGAGAAAUUGGAGGAUUGUAUAGAAGAGGUAAAAGUGUUCCUCAGAAAGCUGACUUACUGUCUACCGUAGCAAAAGAAAGGAUUUCAUACGAUGAACUUCUCCGAGCAACUAAUGCACUUAGCGAAAGUAAUCUGAUUGGUUCUGGAAGUUUUGGCUCUGUUUUCAAAGGCGUUCUUAGAAGUGGAACUGCCAUUGCAGUUAAAGUGUUCAACCUGCAACUGGAUGCGGCAUUCAAGAGUUUUGAUACGGAAUGUGAAGUUUUGUGCAGCCUUUGCCAUACGAAUCUCGUAAAAGUCAUUACUAGUUGUUCCAAUCUUGAAUUCAAGGCUUUAGUGCUAGAGUAUAUGCCUAAUGGAAAUCUUGGGAAGUAUUUGUAUUCGCACAACUGCUUCCUCAACGUCAGACAGAGACUAAGCAUAAUGAUAGAUGUGACAUGUGCAUUGGAAUAUCUCCAUCACGGGUGUUCGUCGGUUGUGGUUCACUGUGAUCUAAAGCCUAGUAAUGUUUUGCUGGAUGAGGAUAUGGUUGCCCACCUAAGUGACUUUGGCAUUUCAAAACUACUUGGUGACGAUGAGAGUGAUUUAUACACUGAAACCUUUGCAACACUGGGUUAUAUUGCUCCGGUGUCAACAAAAUGCGAUGUCUAUAGCUACGGGAUCAUGUUACUGGAAAUGUUUACUAGGAGAAAGCCUAAUGAGUUUGAGGGAGAUCAUAGCUUGAAGCAAUGGGUGAGUUAUUCAUUUCCACAGGCAGUAAUGGACGUCGUAGAUGCCAACUUGCUAAACUCCACAGGCAAUCGCUUACAGAAGGAGCUAGAUGCUGCAGCAUCAAUCAUGAAAGUGGCAUUAGAUUGUUGUGCUGAAUCUCCGGCAAGAAAGACUAACAUGAAAGAUGUUGUAGCGAUGCUGCAGAAGAUCAAGAUUCAACUUAUUGCAUGCUAA